AGCACUUCCGGCGGAAGAGACGUGGCAGUGACGUCAGCGCGGCCGGAGAUUCCCGGUAGCGGCGCCCGGCCCGAGCCGCCCCGAUGAGCCCCGAUGCAGGCGCGCCGCCGGCUCGGCCUUAGGCAGCGGGAAGCGGGCGCGUACCUGGGGCCCCCCCAGACUCAGGUUGUGCCGCCCCCCCCGGAGCCCCCGCCCGCCGACGUCAUGUCGUGUCGCGACAGAACCCAGGAGUUCCUCUUCGCCUGCAAAUCGCUGCAGGGCCGGCAGGACGGGGGGCUCCAGCCCGGCAGAGCAGCCCCCGGGCCCGGGCGGCAGCGCAGCGAGUUCAGCCUCAUGGCCAAGCGCAUUGGGAAGGAUCUCAGCAACACCUUUGCCAAACUGGAGAAGCUGACCAUCCUGGCCAAGCGCAAGUCGCUGUUUGACGACAAAUCCGUGGAGAUCGAGGAGCUGACCUACAUCAUCAAACAGGACAUGGGCAGCCUGAACCAGCAGAUCGCGCAGCUGCAGGCGCUGGCGCGGGCGCGGGGAGCCCCGGCCGGGCGCCACCUGCAGAGCCACUCCAACAGCGUGCUGGUGUCGCUGCAGUCCAAACUCGCCUCGAUGUCCAACGACUUCAAGUCGGUGCUGGAGGUGCGGACCGAGCCCUCACCAGCAGGUUGA